AUGGUGGUUCCGGGGGAAGCGGAGAAAUCUGCGAUGGAAAUUGUCAAUGGUCAGGUGACAAAUUUCUGGGAUGCUAUGAGCUCGAAAAAGAAAGACGUCAUCCUUCAACUUUUCAAUACCACUGCUGAUGACCAGAAGAAUGUGGACGAAUUCAUGGAAAAAUUCCAAGGAAUUGGGAUUACUGUAGAAUCUGCGAUGUUCAACAAUAACGGAGGGAUAGAAUCCAAUGUUUUGAUUGCUGAAAAGAUUCCAGGGAAGGUGGUUAUGAGCAAGAAUCCUGCCAGCCCAACUGGAUGGAAGAUUACUCAACUUGGAGUUCAAGAACCAGGAUCGGUCGGGAAAAGGAAGUGGAGCAAGUUUUCAAUGUGCUGGAUUGGACUGUUCUGGUGUGCGAUUGAGUUCUUGGUCGAUUGGGGUGAUGCAAUGAAUGGACGUUAUUAUCCACGUGGAUAA